CAUCAGUAUCCAACUGACAUGGGACUCUUCAGUUAUGCUGUGGCGGCAUGGUUAGUGAGCCAUGCUGUAGCAGGCCCAGUGAGACAGGAUGAUAUAUGUGGAGUCACCAAUGGUCGCAGGCUCUACCUGGAGCAGGGGGAGAGGGGGGUGUUGACUGCCAGAAACAUCUCUACCAGCCUUCGUCAUCAACAGCAGGGAUCCCUGCAGUCCCAUGAGCAGUGUAGUCUAGAGGUUGUCACUUGUCCAUCAUGUGUGAUCGUAGUGAGGUUCCGACACCUCGCCUUGUCCCCUCAGUGUGGCGGAGGUCUGAUGGACGCUCCGUGUCGCUGUGACUACCUCUGGCUAUCCGAGCCUCCCUACGACGAUGUCUCAGGCACUCCGUUCUGUGGCCACUUCCCUCCCUCCUUGUCACCACCUGUGUUUCGCAGCCAGACAAGGACGUUGGUCCUGGCAUUGCUCUUCAGUCAGGCUCACAAACAUGCUUUCACAUUAGAAUACUCUUCAGAAAGGAAUCGACAGCACCUAGUGGGUAAGCCUAGCAGCACAGCUAUGAUGGGAACUGUGAGCAACUCUAGCGUCGGAGGUAUCAUAACGUCCCCAUUCUUCCCCAGCCAGUACCCUCGGGACCUCGGCGCUGAGUACAUCAUCAGCUGUGAGGCAGACGCUGGUGCCAGUUGUAGAGUCAGACUUCUGUUUAACGACUUCCAGCUGGCCGGAGUCUCAAUCAUGGAGUUUUAUGACUGGAAUGGACAAAGGAUCGAGGUAAGCAGUGGAGCUUUAUUUCGUCCACCAGCCAUCAUCACGUCAGGACCUUCGCUGCUGGUCCGCUUCUACGCAAAUGGAGGAUCUUCAAUUGGCUACAAAGCUUCAUAUUCAUUCAUUUCUGGAAACUAUGACGAAAAGGCUGUAGAACCCAUAACAGAUUGUGGUGGAUAUGUUGAGAAUCUUGGUGGAGCAAUAACAAUGAUGAACAUGGUGGAACGAGGUGGUUCAAUCAAAUCUUAUGACUGCAUCUGGCUUAUUCGACCUCCUACUAACUUUUACCAUCUCAAGACACACAUCUACCUCAAAGUCUCAACCUUUCUUGAUAUGGCUGGAAGCACGGAGUUGGUUGUCCGCCAAGGCCUGACGUCUGAAGGGCCGAUCCUGGAGACAGUGAGACACCCUGUUGCACAGCUAGGUCCGGCCCACGCCCGCACACGCAGGGAAAACAUCCUCCCUCUCAAUGUUGGCUUCUACGUUAGUCUUCGGGGAACAUUCAGUUCCAUGUCUCGACUUGCUAUAGUUUACACCGCAUUCACUUACAUGGAUUGCUUUACGGGGUCCGACUAUCUGUGUCAGAAUCACCGUUGCAUCCCUGCGCAGCUACAUUGUGAUGGAUUCGACCACUGCGGAGACAAUAGUGAUGAGCCUGACACCUGCACCAGAGAAUGGGAUGCUGAGCCUGUAGAUCGUAGAUGGUACUCCCAUACACCGAAUUACUACUUCCCCAAGAUGGAACGUUACCCGGACCUAAAGACUGCAACAUUAGUUUUUGUCAUCAGUAGUCUAGGGCUGAUUCUACUCAUAGCUGCCCUGGUGGUUCUCCUGUACCGGAUGGGAGCUAGGGCCAGACAGCAGAGAGAAUUGCAGAACAGGCUGCAGACCAUCAGCGAAUUGCUAGAUGGGGCUCGUAUAGAAGAAGUGGCAGCAGAGGACGAGCCCCCAGUCUAUGAAGCACCACCGGACUAUGAGGAAGUCAUCAAACGGAAAGGUUCUCAGAAGAGAAAAAAGAUAAAGAACCGAAGACCAAGAUCUACUUCAGCACCCAGAACUAGAGGGGAGUCGCCGGCCGCAGUUUCUAUGAAUCAACACAUGGAUGUGACUGUUCCUGCAGCCUCCACCCCUCUCCUUCCCACCACCUCUGUCAACCGCAGCUGUCAAGUCACCCCCUUGCCUGAGUCUCCCCCUCCACCUUACAGCGAGAACCACAUCACCACGCCAGCACACUCCUUGAGACCAGAUGAAACUGUAGAAGUUUUGAACUGGGAAGAGCAAACUCUAAGAGCAUUCUCCAACACUGGACACAGCAAUGUUACGCCUUCCACGAUACUGACCAUUGAAGCUGAGCCCUCUCAGGCUCAUGUGGAUGAACACAGUCUUAUAAGUAUUGACUGUAACUUAUAUGAAAGUAACAACUAUGACAACUCCAUCCCUCCAACAAUCAACAACUCAAAUGUUGCUGUAAGCACAAUUGAUGAGUCGUUGAUUUUCAAGCGCCGUCUGCAUCGUACACCUCGCAAAAGAAAAGGAUUCUCUUUGGACAUAGACACUCUGACGAGACUAUACCCUGAGACGGAAUGUUCCUGUGAAGGAGCCUGUAACUGUCAUCGACCAGUCUCAGCGGACCCUCAGGUUCGAACACGCUCCACUUGGUCACCGGCGAGUUACACUCUCCACGCUCUUGACAUUUACUUUGACAAACUGGAGCGAGGUUCAAGGGCGAGAAUGCAAGAUGAACAAUCACCUCUCAAACUGAGCAAGAAUACUGGUCUUGCUCUCAGUAUCUCCAUGUCUGUUGAUAAUUUGAGAGAGAUUGUUUAAGUAACUUGAGAAAAAUCUCUCUGAUCAUGUAUCUUGUUCAUGUGUUAUCAUUACAUUAUGAAUGCUUGUUUUUACCAACCUUGGAGAACUAAUCAUAUUGAACAAUUCUGAAAACUAACUGAUUAAAAGUACCUGCUAGCAAAUAUUCAUUAUAAAUAAUGUAGACAGGAGAAAGGGAAGGCAAACCAUUAUUAACAUUUGCUAUGUUAUUUGAAUGCUCAAUUUGUUGUAAAAUCUGAAUGUGACAGAAUAAAAUCGUCGUGUUAUGGUAUG